AAAUAACAGAGUUGUUAUAGAAUCGCUAAUCCUUUGUAUAUGUAUAGUUAGAUUUUGCAUGUCCACAGAAAUAUUGGAAGAACUAAAUGUGUUAAAAUUGUCAGGAUCUGGUCCUCUCCUCAAUCUUCCUAACAAAUUAACUUGUGCAGAAAAGAGUUUCCCACAGAAAAGAAACGACACCACCCUGGUUUGAGCUACGCUUGCCACAAAUCGGCUCAAAAGUGCUAUAUAUAGAACUAAACACAAGCGUGCUCAAAUUUGCAUUUUCAACAUCACAUAGCUAUAACACGAGUCGUUUCACACUUGAAUCUUGUGAAACUUCAUCUAGUUGUUCUUAUCUGUCACCCUCUAUAAUUAAACACCUUUUACUUACUUUAUUUUUCGUGACUCUUUUCUUGUCAGAACUCAAAAUCAAUAAAGUAUUGAUUCUUUUUGCUGCCCAUGAAUCUUGGUUUUGUUUUUGUUUGAGACAAAAGCACGAUGGCUACUCCCAACGCGACAUGUCCAGCACCCAUGAAGCCCACGUCCAAUGGGGCAUUCCAACAUGAGAACCCCCUUGAUUAUGCUCUUCCCCUGUUAAUCCUUCAGAUAUGUCUGGUGGUCGCUUUUACUAGAUUUCUUGCGUUCCUCUGCAGACCCCUCAGGCAACCCAGAGUCAUUGCUGAGAUCAUCGGAGGAAUACUACUUGGACCAUCUGCACUUGGACGAAAUGAGAAAUUUCUCAACACGGUUUUCCCAAAGAAAAGUUUAACUGUACUUGAGACACUAGCCAACAUUGGCCUUUUGUUCUUCUUGUUUCUGGUGGGUCUUGAGCUUGACAUGCGUUCCAUCAAGCGUACUGGUCAUAAGGCCUUAGGAAUUGCCAUUUGUGGGAUCAGUGUACCUUUUGUUCUUGGCAUUGGCACAUCUUAUGUUCUUCGAUCUACCAUAUCCAAAGGUGCCGAGCCAGUUCCCUUUCUUGUCUUCAUGGGUGUUUCUCUCUCAAUCACUGCCUUCCCUGUGCUUGCUAGAAUCCUUGCUGAGCUUAAACUUCUCACCACUGAUGUUGGACGCAUAGCAAUGUCAGCUGCUGCAGUGAAUGAUGUUGCAGCUUGGAUUCUUCUUGCUCUUGCCAUAGCACUUACUGGCUCUAAUUCAUCCCCACUUGUUCCUCUCUGGGUCUUGCUUUGUGGUGCUUCUUUUGUGGUCUUUGCUGUGUUUGCCAUUAGGCCUUUGCUUGCAGCUAUGGCUAAGCGUUCACCUGAGGGUGAGCCAGUGAAGGAGAUGUAUAUAUGUUUCACAUUGACACUGGUAUUGGCUUGUAGUUUUGUCACUGACACUAUUGGAAUCCAUGCCCUCUUUGGGGCUUUUGUGAUUGGUUUAAUUGUGCCUAAAGAUGGUUCCUUUUCUGGGGUGUUGAUUGAGAAGAUAGAAGACCUGGUAUCUGGGCUUUUCAUGCCACUCUAUUUUGUCGCUAGUGGUUUGAAGACAAAUGUGGCAACUAUUCAUGGAGGACUUUCUUGGGCACUACUAGUGCUUGUUAUAUUCACUGCUUGCUUUGGGAAGAUUGUUGGCACAAUCGUUGUGUCAAUGCUAUGCAAAGUGCCUCUUAGAGAAGCCGUGGCACUUGGAUUUCUCAUGAACACAAAGGGCUUGGUAGAGCUCAUUGUUCUCAACAUUGGAAAGGAUCGCAAGGUGUUGAAUGACCAAGCAUUUGCCAUUUGUGUUCUCAUGGCAUUAUUUACAACCUUCAUCACUACCCCAAUAGUGAUGUUUGUGUAUAAACCAGCUCGAAGAGGGGCACCUUACAAGCACAAGACAGUUCAGCGCAAAGAUCCUGAAACUGAGCUCAGAAUGCUGGCUUGCUUCCACAGCACCCGCAAUAUUCCCUCGUUGAUCAAUCUCAUAGAGUGUUCCCGUGGAACCCGAAAGAGAGGAAAGCUUUGCAUAUAUGCAAUGCACUUGAUGGAACUCUCAGAACGAUCCUCAGCCAUCACAAUGGUUCACAAGGCACGCAAGAAUGGCAUGCCCUUUUGGAACAAGAAACAAGAUGACAAAGAUCAGAUGAUCAUUGCUUUUCAGGCUUAUGGGAAACUUAGCAGUGUCAAUGUGCGCCCCAUGACAGCCAUAUCUGCUCUAAACAACAUCCAUGAAGAUGUUUGCACUAGUGCUCAUCAAAAACGCGCAGCCAUGAUUAUCCUACCAUUCCACAAACACCAGCGUGUUGAUGGGUCAAUGGAGUCACUUGGACAUUCAUUCCAUGUGAUGAAUGAGCUUGUGCUGAGCCUUGCUCCUUGCUCAGUGGGAAUUUUGGUUGAUCGUGGCUUUGGAGGAACAAGCCAAGUCCAAGCCAGUGAUGUUUCAUAUAAUGUAGUUGUACCCUUCUUUGGAGGACGUGAUGAUCGUGAAGCACUUUGUUAUGGUAUGAGAAUGGCUGAACACCCGGGGAUUUUGCUCACUGUGGUUAAGUUUGUGCCUCCACUUGGAACAUCAUUAGCCUUUGGUGCUAAAUUAGUUGGGGUGUCAUCAAACAAGGACAAGAAGGCAAUGGAUAUGGUUAGUGGCAGUAAUCAUGAUGAUAAACAAUUGGAUGAUCAAUUGUGGAAUGAGUUCUUAAGUGCAUGCAGCAACAACCAAGAGUCAAUGAAGUAUGAGGAAAGGUUGGUGGCAAGCAAAGGAGAUAUUGAGAUAGCAUUGAAGGAAAUGAAUAAGAUCAAUCUAGUAUUGGUUGGUAGAAUGCCAUCAGUAGCUCCUUUGGUUGCUAAAAGUGAUUGUCCAGAGCUUGGACCUGUUGGAAGCUACAUGGCUUCUUCAGAUUUCUCCACUGUUACAUCAGUUUUGGUGAUUCAGCAAUAUAAUCCCUCAACUGACAUUCAUCCCCUAGUGAUGGAGGAACAUGAUUACCCAGAUUUGCCAGACACACCAACCAGUUAAAUUGUGGGAUCAAAAGGAGUUGUUGUCUAUUGAGUUAUAACCAAGUUGGGUGUUCAUGAUUGAGCAUUUUGGCAAAAUUUUUAGAGGUAGUUUGAUCAGAGAUUUCAUAAGAGUACAUGUCAAUUUAGAUGAUGAUCUUGGAAGCUUUUGCCCUAAGCAGGAUUCAUUUAUUUUAGCCCACUCAGAAUACAUUAAAACUUUUUAAUAAAAAAAAUUCCAAUCGAUGAUUCUUUCUGUAUUUCGCAAUAAGUAGAACGUAGAUCUGUAUUUUUUUUAUAUUAUACUCAUCUGUCAAGAGUUAAAUUACACUAUCUAUAUCCUUUGAUCUUC